AAUAUGGGAAGAUAAGAAGAAAGGUCGAAAUUCUUUCCAGACGAUUAGAUUCUCAGUUAGUCCUUCUUAAACUAGGUCAGCCUGUACAUAUGAAGUACUCGCCAAACAUUGAAAAGAGGAAGGAUGGGGAGGUUGUUAUACAAACCACAAUGGAGCAGUACACCUGUACAUUAUCCAACCUUAAUCUAACAUGUGCACAAGAUAUAAACAACGGUUGGCCUGUCAAGGAUACAGUUGGACACCUUCUUGGUUUAAUCGAUCAAAAUCAGCUAGUUCCUCUUGAUAGAGAACUUGUUAAUAUCAAACAAAUAAUAAAGGAAGAUCUAAGGGGUAUGCAUAGAGAGGCUGGACGGAGAAGGAUUUUUAAAUGUAAACCUAGCGAAACUUUUCUUCUAGAUGCACUGAUGAUUGGCGGCGAGGAUGACGGUAUGCAGAGUGAUGUCCUGCCGCCACCCCUUCCAGAGAGACACCACACUGGGGAUCAAAAUCAAAGCGAGCUAGAUGCGAUCAUAUUCGAGCUCAAGAUGGAAUUGGCAGAACAAGAGAACAAGAUUUAUACACUAGAAUCCAGCAAUAGAAAACUGAAAACAUGGAACCAAGAAUACCAGGAGAAGAUUGAGCACAAGAACAAAGAUAUUCUUCAGAUGAAAAAUCAAUUAGAAAUUCAAUGUGCAGACAGUUACUCAAGAUCAGACACUCUACCCUGUGCUCCGGGAGCACCAGGAGACAAGGGAUUAAAGGGAGAGCUAGGGGAACAAGGAACAAAGGGAAGAAGAGGAUUCAAGGGGGACACUGGACUCCAGGGAUUGAAAGGGGACAAUGGGUUCCCAGGAGUCCCGGGGAUAAAUGGACUUGAUGGAACUAAAGGAGAAGCCGGAGAUAAAGGAGAUCCUGGGGAGAAGGGUCGAACGGGAGAUUACGGAUUUCCAGGAAUACAGGGUUUGCGAGGAGAGACUGGAGCUGCAGGGUUUCCUGGUAGUAAAGGGGAGAAAGGAGACCCUGGACUCCCAGGUUUACAGGGUCCCCAGGGAGCUAUAGGGACUGAAGGGCCCCCAGGCUCAAAAGGUGAAAUAGGACCUCCAGGACCCCCGGGUCCUGAGGGUUUAGAGGGUAGACCAGGUAGAGAUGGAUUCCCGGGUAAACCAGGCUUAGCUGGACCUCAGGGUAUACAGGGAGUAAGAGGGCAGAUGGGACCUAAAGGGGAACCAGGAGCAUACGGAACCUCUGGAAAACCUGGAGAGAGAGGUCUUCCAGGGGAGAAAGGACCCCCAGGUUGGCAGGGACGUCAAGGAUCUCCUGGAUACACAGGAGAUGCUGGUCCCAGGGGCCUGAAAGGUGACCAGGGAGAGUCUGGACUGGAUGGUGGACCUGGUCCCGAGGGACCCAUGGGUCCUCCAGGAGAUAAAGGAGAGCCUGGAGCUACAGGAACUAAUGGAAGACCUGGAAGACGGGGUAGGAUGGGUAGAAGAGGGUCUCCAGGUCUGGAUGGUCCUCCAGGUUUGCCUGGCUCACCUGGGGAACCUGGACCUCAGGGUAUAAAUGGACCACAAGGAGAACCUGGACCUUCUGGUCCCCAGGGAUUAAAUGGUGCACCUGGACCGGCAGGUGAGGUGGGUUCCCCUGGUAAACCUGGUUCUCCUGGUUCCCCUGGAUACCUAGGGACCACUGGAGAGAAGGGGUUCAGGGGCAGACGAGGCAGAAAGGGGGAAGAGGGGGCUAGGGGCACACCAGGAUUCAUGGGGGUCAAGGGGGAUAUGGGAGAGAAAGGAGAAAUGGGAUUACCUGGAGAAACUGGACUUCCAGGAGUUAAAGGUGCUCCGGGACCUACAGGAUUUGAGGGACCAAGAGGUUUUCCAGGUCCUGAAGGUUUACCUGGAUUUGAGGGACCCCCAGGGGAGAAGGGUGUCCCUGGUAGAGAAGGUCCUAAAGGAGAGAAGGGGGGUGUAGGUCCAAUUGGUCUCCCCUGUGGAAGUGUGCAAGCGGAUACACCUGUAAUGUUUCAUGAUGAACCAAGGAUAAACUUGAGUAUGCUGUACGAGGAUAUAUUGAGGAUUGAACAACUGAUCUCUUCCUGUAAACUAAACUAAACUAAACUAAACUAAACUAAACUAAACUAAACUAAACUAAACUAAACUAAACUAAACUAAAC